AUGGCAAGGUCUCUUCUCCUAAGAGGGCUCGUACGCCGCGUCUUACUGUUGCGUCUCAAUUGGCUUCUAUCGUUCAACAACUGGCCGAAACAAACAAGAACAUGGCUGAUCUUGUUCUCUCGUUCGCUGCCCUGGCUCAAUCUCUUGGUGCUGUUCAAGCGACACUUGCCGUUGGUUCUUCUUCUCCUUCCGCUCAACCUCUGGCUCUUCCAACCACAACUUCUCAAGCUGCGGCCGAUCCUGCUCAAGCUGCGGCCGAUCCUGCUUUGGUCACUUCUGCUGGUCUCGGCCUUGGUUCUGGCUCUGGUGUUCAUGCUCGCUCUGGUGGUCUCGCUCGCUCUGUGGCUGCUCCUUCUCACCGUGGUGCUUCUACAACCACUGUUCCACAUCUUGGCGGUUCUUCUCUCUUGCCUGGUCGUACUCACGCUGUCCAUUCUCUCGCUCAAGAGACGCCUCCGUGUCCAGAACUUAAUUUUGUUUCUGAUUCUGCCAAAUUUUCUGAUUUGAUUUCUUUACCUGACAAAGCCCUCCAUUCUCUUAUAAAUCGCUUAUCUAUGUCUGAAAGCUUUGUUUCAAAAUCAACUUCAGCUGUUCUUGAGAAAUUGCAGGAUUCUGGUGACUCAAGCCAGGAUCCUAAGGAUCUCCAACUUGUUUUUUCUUUAUGUGAUCAUAUCUCCCUUCCUCGCCCUGUCUCCGUUCAUCGUCAUGACUGUAAAUCUCUUCCUCGACCGCUCAAAAUUAAGUUUGCCAGUGUCGAAUCCCGUAACCUAUUCAUCUUCAAAGCUCGACUUGCCGCUCGAGCUCUCCCACAGAAUCCUCCUUUACCUUUCUUCAGAGUUAGACGUGACCUAACUUUGCCGGAACUUGCUCUUCUCAAACGUGUUCGCCAUAGAGUUUUUCUUCUGAAUAAGGAGUCUCCUAAUUCUUUCUAUGUCCGUGAUCUGUCUAUUGCGCGCAAAACUGUCAAAUCUUAUUCUAACCGUGCAUUUUCUCCUAUUUCUUCUACUCAUGUGAAUACUAUUUCUUCUGGUGUUAAUACUAUUUCUUCUGGUGAUUCUAAUCCUAUUGUUGCAGCCUGUACUCUCACUAACUACAAUUCUGUGUAUCCUCCCCUUUCCUCCGAUGUUCCGAUGUCUUCGCCUUCGUGUCAUGUUUAACAAUUCUGAAAUGCCCACUUUUGAUCCCUCAAACACGUUUUUCGAAUUUUCUUGCUCUAACCCUCUCGCCCCUCCUCCUCCCACUAACCCUCUCGCUCCAUCUAGUCUCUCUCCUCCGCAAUCUAUCGGUUCUCCCGCGCCAAAAAACAAUUGCAAUAUUUUUGAUCUCAAAAUUAUUCUUUCUAAUAUACGUUCGUUGCGUUCUCCUAGUAAAAUUCAACUCUUAUUUGACCAUCUUUCAUUUUCUUCCAUUGAUUUAUGUUUUAUUUGUGAAACUUUCCUCACAGCUGACUAUCCUGACUCUUUGUUUAAUAAUCCAAUUUACAGCUUCUUUCGUCGGGAUCGUUCAAUUUCUUCUGGUAGAGCUUCUGGUGGUGGCGUAAUAGUCUUUUAUCGGAAGUCAUUGCCCUUGGUCGAAGUGGAUUGCCUUCUGGACAGGUUUUAUCCUUCUCAUUUUUGCGAUCUUAUUUGUUUUGACAUUAUUUUUCCUAAUACUUUUAAUAUUUCUAAAGCCCGUUUUUUUCUGGUUUACCGUCCACCAAACACUUCUAAUGAUUCAUCUUCUAAUUUAUUUCAGCAUAUUUCUCGUUUCGUUACCUCUCAGAAUUGUACUAUCCUUGGAGACUUUAAUUAUCCUGGAAUCGGUUGGCUUAACUUAUCUUGUACUAAUCUUUACUCUCAAAAAAUGCUAGAUUUUUGCCUUAGCUCUAAUUUAACACAGCUUGUUCCCUCUCCCACUCGUAUAACGGAUCAUUCUUCCAACAUUCUCGAUCUUGUACUAUCCAACUCGUCCAAUUCAAUCAUAGACGUUAAUGUCUCUGAACCUCUCCUCAAUUCUGAUCAUAAUACAGUCCUUUUCAAAUAUAAAUGUUCUUUGAAUCCCUCGUCUCCUACCACUAAUCGUCGAUUGAAUUUUUCCAAAUGCAACUUCGAUUCAAUCAAUCUUUCUCUUUCUUCGCUUAACUGGGAUCGUCAACUCAGUUUUUUUUCUACAGUUGAAUCUAAAUUUCAGCAUUUUCUUUGUAUAUUUAAUGAAUUGAUUCGCGACAAUUGUCCUUUCACCUCACUUUCUCACCGUUCCACUUUUAAUUUCAAAUCUGACCGUCUAAUUCGUCGCUUACUUCAAAAAAAAGCCUCUCUAAUCAAUAAUGGUCUUCAUUCCACUCACCUCCGGCAAAAGUUCAAUCUCACUGUAAAACUUAUUCGUAAAAGAACUGCUUUUUUAUUAAGGAAAUUUCAUACCAAAGUUGCUCUAUCCUACAACUCCUCUAAACUUUCCAAAUUUAUUUCAAGACAGCUUAAGAUCGAUUCUGGGAUCCCCAAUCUGCUUUUCAAUGAUAAUCAUAUAAUUGAUGAUGAAUCCAAGGCCAAUGUCUUCUCAUCUGUGUUCUAUUCCAAUUUCUCUAACACUAACCCUCAACCUUUCCCAGCUCUUCCCUCUCCUGAACCUAUUAACUGUAGUAUAUUUUUCUCCCCCGAUGUUGUUUAUAUAUUUCUUGCCUCUCUACCUCCUAAAUGUGGAUUUUCCACUGAUAAUAUAAACUUUCUUGUUCUUAAGAGAUGUGCUAGAUCUUUAAGCCUCCCCCUGUCUCUCCUAUUUAAUGAAUCUUAUUUAACUGGUGUUAUCCCCUCCUCUCUAAAACACACUACGGUCAUACCUGUACACAAAAAAGGCAGUUUGUCUGACCCUUCCAAUUUCCGUCCGAUCUCUCUCACUCAUCCUAUAUCACGUGUAUUAGAACGUAUUAUCGCCCAUAUGGUUAGAACUCGAUUCGCUCAUAAAUUCUCUCGAUUUCAAUAUGGUUUUUUAAACCGUAGAUCUUGCAAACUCUCUCUCAUCUCUUCUAUAUCCGACAUAAAAAAGUCCUUGGCCUCCAAUCUAAAUGUCGAUGUUAUUUACUUUGAUUUCAGCAAAGCUUUUGAUAGAGUAGAUCACAAUUUGCUACGUCUUAAAAUGCUAAACUUUGGUUUUGAUAAUACUCUGAGCCGUUGGUUCUCUAAUUUUUUAUCUCAUAGAAGCUCAAUUGUUAAGGUCAACAAGUGUUUUGCCAACAAUUGCUUUCCCAACCCUUCCGGUGUCCUCCAAGGCACUGUCAGCGGCCCUCUCCUCUUCCUCAUUUUCGAUGAGAGUGACGCGUGA